AUGGAUUUUGUUAGUGGGUUACCCCUCACACCCACUAAAAAGGAUUCUGUAUGGGUCAUCGUGGAUCGAUUGACCAAGUUUGCCCAUUUCAUUCCGAUUCGUACUGACUACUCUCUGCAGAAGCUGGCUAAAUUGUAUGUGUUUGAGAUAGUGAGACUGCAUGGGGUACCGAUUUUAAUCAUAUCUAAUAGGGAUCUUCACUUCACGUCUCGAUUUUGGAAUAAGCUACAUAAAGCUCUGGGUACAAUGUUGAACUUCAGUACUGUGUUUCAUCCUCAAACAGAUGGUCAAUCUGAGAGGGUUUAUUCGAGACUACUGAAGACGCCAUCAGACAGACAAAAAUCCUAUGCGGAUUUGAAGCGUCGAGAGAUUGAGUAUUCGAUGGGGGACUUCGUUUUUCUCAAGCGAGUGGGAUCAGUUGCUUACCAGUUAGAGCUACCUCUAGAGUUGGACCGAAUUCACGAUGUUUUCCACGUCUUAAUGUUGAGGCACUAUCGCUCUAAUCCUACGCAUAUUGUUCCUGUUAAGAAGAUUGAGGUAAGGCCAGAUCUGACCUUUGAAGAGGAGCUAGUGCAGAUAUUGGAGCGAGAUGUAAAGGUUCUAAAAAGAAAAUCCAUCCCACUGGUUAAAGUUCUCUGGCAUAAUCAUAGCACCGAGGAGGCCACGUAG